CUGGAGUUGAGCAAUUAAAAAAUAUUAAAACAAGUAUAUACUUACGUGAUAAACAAAUACUAAACAAAUUCAGAAAUAUUUAUACGAAUGCAAGGGAAAUAACACUAUAGCAUUUGAAAAACAAAAACAUGAUUUGCCGACUUUGUUCGGAGCACAAGGAAGAUAUGUUAGAUUUCUUCGAUUCUGUAGGAUUGGAAAAAAAAAUUGUUAGUAUAAUAGCAAAACAUUUUUGGUUUGAGCCAAAAUUAGACGACAAAUCUCACACAAUAUGUGUUCCUUGUUGGACAACAACAAAAAAUUUUCAUGAGUUGUAUAUGCUUGUUGAAAAGGUUGAAAAAUAUUGGACAGAAACAUUGUCUUCUAUAAAAGAAGACCCUAGUAAAAGUCAGGAAUUUGAUAUUCAAGAAAUUCAGCCUACCCUAAGUGAGAGACAGGAUUUAAAGGAAAAUUAUUUUGGCUAUGGGGCGUUGAUGGAUAAAGUACACGAAGGAAAUCUUAAUGCUAAGGUAAAGGGAAAAUUAAAAAAGGAAGGCAAAGAUAAAAGAAAAAUAUUUAAACGAACACCGGAGGAAACAUAUGCCUUCAAUAAAAAAAUUGCUGAAGGUGAUGCCUUAAUUGCCAAAUUUAUGAAAAUAUACUGUAAUGUAUGUUCAAAAGAACAAAUAAAUUUCACAGCUUUAAAGCAUCAUUGCACGUCAAAUCAUGCUCAGCAAGGAGUGGUAAUGUGUUGCGGGAGAAAAUUUUACAAAAAAUGUAAAUUGGUAGAACAUAUUGAAAUGCACAUUGAUCCUGAAAAGCAUAAAUGUCACAUUUGCAAUCAUAUUUCAGCGAAUCAUUGGAAUCUGAAGAUACAUAUGGAAAGCAUUCAUAAGGAAGAAAAUGACAAAAUAAAGGCUUUUAAAUGUUCAUAUUGCAGUAAGACGUUUAAACUUCAAGCACAAUUAGCACGUCAUAAGCUAAUUCAUUUACCAGAAGAAGAAAAAAAAUUUAAGUGCUCCUAUUGCAAAAAAAAUUUUCCCUCAGAAUCGAACCUAAAGUAUCAUAUACGUUUAUGUCAUGAAGGAUAUUAUUCAGGAGUGUGCGAUAUAUGUGGGAAGGCUUAUAACAACAGGCAAGAUUUAAAACGACACCGCCUCCAAAUUCAUGAAGGUGUAGGAAAGUCGACACAUAAAUGCAAAUAUUGUUGUAUGGAAUUUGGUUCAAAAUACGCAUAUAACAUCCAUAAGUUUCGAGAACAUGAAAAUCAAAAUCCAAAUAUCGAUUUUAAAUGUACUAUAUGUAAUAAAAUUUCAGCGAACUCGGAGGCACUAAAAAAUCAUAUUCAGUAUGUUCAUAGGGCCAAAGCGAAGUUCGAGUGUACUUUGUGCAAGAAAAGCUUCAAAAGGGAAUUAGCUCUUAAGGAACAUAUGGCUGCACACACUGGACAAUCAUUGUAUUCCUGUCCGCACUGUUCCAAAACUUUUACUCAUAGUUCAAAUAUGCAUCAUCAUAGGAAACUAAAACAUCCUGUCGAAUUUGAGUUAGCUCGAAAAGCAAAAGAUAAUAAAAAAGAGACUUGGAAAGAGUUUACAAGUUUGAAUAUGUAGACGAUAACUUACUUUACAUAAAAUCACGGCUGACAGAAAUACAGGCCUGGACCCUAAGAGAGAGUGACAGUUAACAUCAUAAAUCUCCCACAAGAUCAACUUUUUUCAAACUUUUAUUUAGAAAAACUUAAAAUUCAAUCUUUUUCUAUUUUGCUAGUGCAAAAUUUUGUUAAAAUGCUACAAAAAAAUUUUUAAAAUUUUUUAAAAUGUUAAAAAGGCAAAAAAAAAUUGCCUGUUUUUUUUUUUUUUUUGUGAAAACAGGCAAUUUUUUUUUUUGUGAAAAUUCGAGCAGAUUUUUUGUUUUCCUCAAUUUUAAAAAUUGAACAUUUGGUAUAAAUAAAUGCAAUAAAAUAAAUUUAUAAUUGUAAGUAAGUAGUUAUCCCCCUUUCCACAUCACCUUGUGGAGGUAGAGGAUAUUUCGCGUUUUUUUUGUGGUAUCUCCAGUAGGCCUAAUCCACUCAUUUACCUAAAAUUAAAGCAUAUUAGUAAAAUUUCAAGAAAAGUUUAGAAAAAGUAAAAAAAAUACAUUUAUAAAAUUUUAAGAAAAAAUAAAUAAAUAAAUAAAAUAUUUUCUAAUUUUCCGAAAA